AUUCAAGCUAUCUAGUAAUGGUACAGUUCUCCUUUACACGAGCACAACCCUUAUCAACCAAGCAACAUGAAGUUCGCCCUCUUUGCUCUUUUCGUCACCCUGGCCACUUUGGUUUUGGUUAAUAACGCCGAGGCCGCGGAUCAAUCAGGGUACAUGAACUGCAUGGCCUCGUGCCCCGUUCCACUGAUCCAACGACCAGUUUGUGGAUCCGAUGGUAACACUUACGACAACAAGCAGAAGUUCAACUGUCACAAGAAGUGCAAGCGUGACCGCAAAAUGAUAAGGAUUGUUGGUGAUGGACCUUGCUAAAUGGAUCGAUCGAAUUCUAAACAAGCACAAGAUUUGUAAAUCUAAGAUCACCAAAUAAAGUAUGCAGAAGUUCAA